AUGGCAGGGAGCCUGCAAGGACUGCUCUUCUGCCGCGGGCCUCUCGAUGCGCCGAUCUUUGAAGGCACUGCUGAGCUGGCAGCAGAGCCUGCUGACGUGGAUGCAGCCGUUGCUGCGGUGGUGGGGUCGGAUGCAGCGGGGGCGGUGGAGGCGUGGCGGGGGAAGGGGGCGGUGGGGGCGUAUGACCGCGUGCCUGUCACGGCGGCCACGGCCAACUUCACGUUCAACACCGAUGACUGUGUCAGUGAUGUGAUGCCAGGGGCAUGGGUAGCGGAGCUGCAUGGGGUGCGGGCGGUGCCGGUGGGAGGGGGGGAGAUCCGAGGGGCGGGGACGCUGUGGGUGUGCCCUCAGGCAGAGGCGGAUCCAUCGGCAGUGAGUGUGGACUGCUGGGCGGCGGGGGUGUCAUUGGACCGCCUGCUCACCUUCUACCUGCCGCCCGCCACCGCUGCUCCCCCCUCGCUGCUCGGCCUCGCCUCAGGCGAAGCCGCCUUCAGAGGCUCCCUGCUCUCCCCCACGGUGGAGGCGGCAUGGAAGGCACCGCAGGCGAGGGGCCCGUUGGAGGGGAUGCGGGGGUCGGUGGCGCUCACGAGGGACACAGCCCACGCCGCCACCCACGCGCAUGCGCUCGACCUCCUCCUCUCCGCCUCCGUCUCCGCCCCUCCCCCGUGCCCCACCCCCCCGCGCCCUCCCCGCGGUGCCGCUCGCCCGUGGCCGGUGCUGUCGAGGGAGCUGCCCCCGUUGCCCCCGCGCCCGCGUGUGGAGCGCGUGGAGGCCGAGGCGCGCCUGAGGGCCUUCGACGCCCUCGCGCUGCUGCCCGCCGCCCCCGUGCCGGUGCCGCCCCCGCAGCCGUCCCUGCGGCACCUGCGGCUGUCGGGGCGCUUCAAGCUCUCUGCACGCGUGCCGUGGGGCAGUGAGGUGCAGCCAGGGGCGGUGGACGAGGCUGGGGGGGGUGGAGGCGCGAGGCAGGAGGCAGAGGCGGGGCUGCCAGGGCUGGAGGGGAGUGUGCUCAUUCAGGGGCUGAAGCUGAACCAGCUGCUGCUGGGGGCCAACCUGUCAGGCGGCGUGGCUGUGAGCCCCCACGGCUUCAAUCUGCACACCGUGGGCCGCGGCGAUGAGCAGCUCAUGCUGCAGCUCUCAGCCAAUGGCGUGCUGCCACCUGUCCCUACCAUCCCGCAUGCCUCGUCGUCCUACAUGCCACAGGUGCAGGCCUCCGAGGCGGCCUUCCCGCUCUUCGAUGUCGGAGCAGCGGCACCAGCAGCAGGCAGUGUGGGCGGCGGUUUAGGGGGCGUAGCGGGAGGGGCGGUGCGGGUGCAGCGGGGGCAGAUGAGUGUGGAGGGGCAUGUGCGCGUGGGGGCGACAGCAGCACUGGAGGUGAGGGCGCUGCCGCUGGACGAGUUGGAGCUGGCGUCGCUGCGCGGGCUGGUGGAGCGUGCUGCUGUGCGCCUCAACUUUGCCAGGCGCCGCGGCCACGGCUCCCUCGCAGUGCGGCGCCCGCGCUUCAGCGGCAUGCUCUGUGACGCCCUGCAUGCUGCCUUCCGCUGGACUGGCGACGUGGUGACUCUGGAGCGGUCGGUGUUGGAGCAGGCAAACAGCCGGUACGAGGUGCAGGGGGAGUACGUGCUGCCGGGGAUGAGGGAGUGGGACAGGGAGCGCGACAGGGACAGAACCACCUCCUCCCACUCAGCCUCCACGCCCACCCCCGACGCUGCUGCCACUGCGGCUGCCGCGGCCUCGGAGCGUGGCGUGGACGCGGAGUGGGGUGCAGGCGGGCGGCAGAGGGCGAUGCCGGGGCAGCUGCAGGCGAUGAUGACGUCCAUCGGUCGCUGGCGCUUGCGCCUCGACGUGCCCCAUGCUGACGUCAGCGAGAUGCUGCCGGGGUUGCGCAUUUUGUCGCGCAGCCACGACCCGGCGGUGCUGCUGCGCUCCAAGGAGCUCUUCCUGCACGGCAUCGAGGAGGUUGGCUUCGCCUCCCACUCCCUGCAGCACCAGCUCGAGGUGUGUCCUCUUCCCGCCACCCUCCCCCCCACACUCAACCGGCUAGCGCCUGUCUGCUUCGGAGCAGAGAUGAUUUUUGCUUGUCAUGUCGCUGUGCAUUCUUCUCGCUCCACUCCUUGCCCUUCACCCACUGCCACCUAUCCGUUAAUCUUUACUUUGUUCCCUCCCGCGCUGCGGCCCUGUUGGUGGGAGCAGUAUGUGCGGGAGAAGAGGGAGCGCGAGUGGGAGCCAGCGGGCACGGACGUGGGUGGGGGGGUGGCAGCAGAGGCGCUGCCAGGGCUGGUGGACCUGAGGGGGCGCUGGCACGGGGUGCUGGAGGCGAGUGGGGGCGGCAACGGCGACACGUCAGCAUCGUUUGACGUGCACGGCAGCGACUGGGAGGCGGGCAGGUACCGGCUGCAGCAGCUGCAGGCGCGGGGGCGGUACAGCAACACGGGGGGGCUGCAGGUGGAGCGGCUGCUGCUGCAGAAGGACGACGGUGCCACGGUGCAUGCGGACGGCACUGUCUUUGGCCCCGCGCCCAGCCUGCACUUUGCGCUGCUCAACUUCCCCGCCCACCUCGUCCCCACCUUCCUGCAAGCCCUCCACGCCGCUGCGCCCUCCCAGUCCUCCGCUGCUGCUGCUGCCUCUGGUGCGCCGUUCCCCCCCCCGCCCCCCGUGGGCGUGCAGCAGGCGGCAGUGAGGGGCGUGGUGCAUGUGGAGGGCGACCUGUCUGGCUCCUUCGCCCAGCCGCAGUGCGACGUGCAGCUGCGGCUGCUGGACGGGGAGAUAGCGGGCGUGGCGCUGGGCAGGGCGGAGGUGGCGGCGUCGCUGACGAGGGCGUCACGGCUGCUGUUCCACGCGGUGCUGGAGCCGGCAGUGGAGGCGGGCCAGGUGCGCAUCAAGGGCAACGUGCCGCUGCCGCCGCUGCAGGGGGGGCAUGCAGGGCAGGCGGCGCAGGCAGGGCAGGAGGUGCAGGCAGGGCUGGAGGUGCAGGGCGCAGGCAGAGACAUGGGUGGUGGGGGGAGGAUGGCAGCUUCUGGUGGAGGCAGAGUGCAGGAGAAGCGGAGGGGCAAGGCAGGCGAGAAGAAGCAGAAGGCGGGUGUGGAGGCGACACAGACGAAGGAAGGCGGCGGUGCAGCGCGGGAGAGCAGCCGGCUGUGGCACGACUGGGACUGGCUGGACAAGGAGGGAGGGCUGUGGAGCGACGGCACGGGGAGUGGCGAUGGUGGCGAUGCUGAGGAGAAGGUCGAGGAGGAGGAAGAGCAGGAGGAAGAGAAGGAGGAGGAGGGGGAAGGGGAGGGAGAAGGUGCGCAGAAGGGGUCGGAGCUGCUGCGCAGUCUGGUGGAGCUGGAGCGGGCGUUUGAGGGCGAGGAGCAGGCGGAGCAGAUGCAGGUGGAGGCCAGUGUGCAGGACGCCGGCAUGAUGCUGCUCACUGCCCUCUCACCCUCCUUCCGCUGGAUCCAUGGCCACGCCGCCAUCUCUGCUCAGGUGGGCCAGUCUUAUGGUGACUUCAGCAUUCUUGCUUUGACUUGUCAUUACUCUGCACCCACACGUCUCUCCCCAUGCCUCUCUUUCCCGCGCCUCUCUCCCACGGCGCUGUGCGGGCGGCAGGUGAGUGGCACGCUGGCGCGGCCAGAGGUGGCGGCGGAGGCGGUGUUCAGCCGUGUGACGGCGUCGUCCCCCGUGCUGCCGCGCCCGCUCACGGGCGGGGGGGGGCGCAUCCGCAUUGCAGCGCAGCAGCUGCUGGUGGACGGGCUGGAGGGGCGCGUGGGGCGCCGCGGCACUCUGCGCGUCGAGGGCUCUCUGCCUCUCGGCCUUCCCGCACACGAGGGGGGGGGUGAGGGGGCGGAAGGGGAAGGGGAGGAGGUGCUUGGUGGGUUGAGGAGAGGAAGCAAGGGGAAGAGGGGGAGUGGGAGGGAAGAGGGUGAGCAUGCACAGGACAGCAAGGGUGGAGAGGGGAUCAGCAUCACGGCGGAGGGUCUUGAAGUGCGAGCACGCAAUGUGUUCAGUGGUCUGGUGGAUGCGGGCGUAAGUGUGAUGGGCAGCCUGGCCGCCCCUGAGGUGACAGGCUCCAUCCGGCUGUCACGUGGCAUCGCGUACCUGUCGCAGGAGAAGGACCGGGCCGACACCCCCCCCUCCCCCUCCGUGCCCUCCUCGCUGCUGCCCUCCCACCGCCGCAAGACACCUGCACUCUCUGCUGCUCCCUCCACUGCCCCUCCUGCCAAGUCAGCAGCACCUGAUUGGCUGCCGGCUAUGUCCUCCACGGCCUCGUCUUCAGCCAUGAAGCUCCCGGCGUCAGCUCCACAGCAGG